GAAGAGAUAUAAUAUAGAAGAGAGAUGAAAAAUGGAGCUGGUAGAAGAGAAAGAGAGCAGCAGAUAGGAUUCAAGUAUUGCUUUCUUGAAGAAAAAAUUGGAAAACUGGUGGAAAAGAGAAAAGAAAAGAAAUAUAUAAGCCCAAGACCAUGGCCCCUUGGGGAACAAUAGGCACCUCCCAGCCAAUCAGCAACCAUCCUCUGCAGCAGCGUCUACGCAGCACAAACAGCACAGACGACAACCGCCGCUCGAUCGGGCAAAACGUAAACACGCUCACACGCACUACAGCACGCAUACUCACACGCACACUCACACGCACAUUCACACGCACUUCGGCAUUUCAUAAGCUGCAGCGGGAUGAGCUCGGCCGGUCUCAGCUGGUCCCGCGCCCGUGUCGCUGCUGCCUGUGCUGCUUUUGCCUUGAGCUCCGGUCUCGCCAAAGCCUCCAGAACUGCUCACAUCAAAAUGUAUUAUAGUCUAUGUCCUAUCGCUUUUCUAAAAAACAACUUUGCCCCCCAAGAUCUCCUUGCCGGUCUUGCUAAUCUUGUUGUAAACAGCAUCGUACGACACGUCGUCGCCAGUCUUGACCUCCACCAACUGUUUUUCGAGGUCUGUUUGAACGUUCUGCACACCUUCUAAUCUAGAAACAGCCUUGGAAACAGCAUUUGAGCAUCCACUGCAGGCCAUUUUAACAUUAAAUUCGUAUUGAUGACCACCCAUUUUCGCCAACGUAUUUGAGAUAACUGAGAAUAAAUAUGUUUCAAAAAGAAAAUGAAUUACAAUCUCGCUUUUAAAUAAAACGGGCACUUAGUAAUAAAAC